UCUCCCUGUGCCUGCGUGGGUUUCCUCAGGGUACUCAGUUUUCCUCCCACACCCCAAAGACAUGCUAGUAGUGUCUACUACCCCUGUGUGCCAAUCCCUCCACUGGCUUCCACUCAGUGUGCUCCACCCCUCUCUGCCAAUCCCUCCACUGGGUUCCACUCAGUGUGCUCCUCCCCUCUCUGCCAAUCCCUCCACUGGUUUCCACUCAGUGUCCUCCGCCCCUCUCUGCCAAUCCCCCUCCACUGGCCUCCUCUCAAUGUCCGCCACCCCUCUCUGCCAAUCCCUCCACUGGCUUCCACUCAGUGUGCUCCACCCCUCUCUGCCAAUCCCUCCACUGGCUUCCACUCAGUGUGCUCCACCCCUCUCUGCCAAUCCCUCCACUGGUUUCCACUCAGUGUCCGCCACCCCUCUUUGCCAAUUCGUCCACUGGCUUCCACUCAGUGUCCUCCACCCCUCUCUGCCAAAUUCCUCCACUGGCUUCCACUCAGUGUCCUCCACCCCUCUCUGCCAAUUCCUCCACUGGCUUCCCCUCAGUGUCCUCCUCCCACCUCUGCCAAUCCCU